UGAGCUUCGCGCAGACGCACUCGCCUCGCUGUUUGAGUUCGCACAGACGCACAAGCCUCCUUUAGGGUCCUCAUUCGGUAGUGCAUGGUUCGUGGACCACUCGAGAGCGCUUAGUUUCCUUUGCUUCCCGACGUGAUAUGGAUGACGAAGAGGAGACCUAUCGGCUAUGGAAGAUCCGUAAGACCAUCAUGCAGUUAUGCCAUGAUCGGGGCUACUUGGUGACCCAGGAUGAAUUAGAUCAGACUUUGGAAGAGUUCAAAGCCCAGUUUGGGGAUAAACCUAGUGAAGGACGGCCUCGACGAACUGAUCUGACUGUAUUAGUGGCUCACAAUGAUGACCCCACUGACCAAAUGUUUGUCUUCUUCCCAGAGGAACCAAAGGUUGGUAUAAAGACCAUCAAGAUGUACUGUCAGCGAAUGCAAGAGGAGAACAUCACCAGGGCCCUCAUCGUGGUGCAACAGGGCAUGACACCCUCUGCCAAGCAGUCACUGGUUGACAUGGCUCCCAAGUAUAUCCUAGAGCAGUUUCUACAGCAGGAGCUACUCAUCAAUAUCACAGAACAUGAGUUGGUUCCAGAGCACGUUGUCAUGACAAAAGAGGAAGUCACUGAGCUGUUGGCACGAUAUAAGCUUCGAGAAAACCAGCUGCCCAGAAUCCAGGCUGGAGAUCCUGUGGCACGUUAUUUUGGAAUAAAACGAGGACAGGUGGUUAAGAUCAUAAGGCCCAGUGAGACUGCAGGCAGAUAUAUCACUUACCGACUGGUGCAGUAAUGGACUGCUUCCUUCCCAAAAAGCAUCCCUGGAGCUAUGUCAACCAGACCUGGGAAGGGCCCGACUUCCACGUGACUAAUCGUGUGCUGCUGUGCAUGCUGCCCAACCUGGUGAAGAAAGCAUGGGUUUUCUUGCUUGUUCAACAGGACUGGAACUGGAGACAAGAAAUGACGCGGGUUCACAAAAUAAAAUGUACGUCACAGCUCUUGUAUCUUGGUCUCUCAACCACCCUUUGCAGAGCUGCCCCAAAUCUGGCUAGUAAGCUGCUCCGAUGAUCACACUGCCUCUAGGGCAAAUGACUAACAACUCCUCUUUGACCUUUCCUCUCUUCCCAUCAUGCACCGACUCCCGUGUUCCUCUGGAGAAACAGCUUUCCUUUUCUGAUUCUGCUGAUGCCUUUUGUAGGCUUUACCUCAUACCUGCAGCCCCUUCCUUAAUUUUUGCCUAUUGAAGUUACUCUCAUUCAUUCCUAGCUUUAGGGAGCCAUUUCUUUCAUGAAACCACAUCUUGGUAAAGUGGCAUGGUGGAAGCGGGCAUCAGACUGAGGAAGAAGAGUCUGAAAUCUCACGUGCUUUUCGUGUCACUAUUAAAUGGCAGCCCUACCAUGGAGGGUUUUAAAAAAGCUUCUUAGUUCUAAGAAGAGCGGUAAGGGCUAAAUGAAUUGCCCAGGGUCACAGGGCUAAGACAAGUGUCUGAGGCCCGAUUUGAACUAGGUCCUCCCACUUCCUACCUACCUGCCCCUCUAUCAUAGGGUUUUUGUGAGAGUGAAAUGGAUGUCAAGUGCUUUGCGAAUCCCAAAGCACUAUAUGAACACCAAGUUAUUUAUUUCUCCUGUAAAAAUGAUCUCCCCUCUCAUUUUCUAGUUUUAGAUUUUACCUUCAUUCUACUUUGUUUUGUACUUGUUUGCACAUACUCUGGGAUGUGUCGUUUUUCUUUUUUGUAUCCCCAAGUGCCUAGUACUCAAUAAACAGUUUAAUUGAAA